UUGAGAUCAUUCGUGUUUUAACUUUUGAGUGAAUUAAAUCAUAUUGGAAAGAAAUUUAUACAAAUAUUGGUAUAUUGACAUAUUUAAAAAUUUCGUUACCAUUCAGCCAAAUAUACAUACAUAUAUUGAAUGUUCUUUAGUAAGAUUGAAGUACACAUCAAUAUUAUAGCGUUAUUGUUAAAAGUGAAGAAAGGUUGUGAAAGUGCCACAACAAUCGACUGACGAAAGAGCCAGAAAAAGCAAGGCGAUAUAGUGAAUCAUAUUAAUUACAAAGUUACAAAAGUAAAAAAGGCGAAUCUCUAACGAAUAAAUAAUUCUAAAAAACCUGUGCCACCGCUCCGUGUGGAGUUUUUGGGCAUAAGUGUAAACAAUUGACUAAUAUCGAAGACGAAAAAUAAUUUUCGUAGUUUUGGCAAACAUAUAUAUAUAUAUUAAAUUUAAAAAUGAAUCUAUCAUUUGCUGGUUGUGGAUUCUUGGGUAUUUAUCAUGUGGGCGUGGCAGUAUGUUUUAAGAAAUAUGCACCACAUCUGCUGCUGGAGAAGAUUGGAGGCGCAUCUGCGGGAUCUCUUGCUGCUUGUUGUCUUCUUUGCGAUUUGCCGUUAGGAAGCAUGACAUCUGAUUUCUUCCGUGUAGUCAAUGAAGCCCGCCGUCAUUCCCUUGGUCCAUUCAGUCCCUCAUUCAAUAUACAGACAUGCCUCUUUGAAGGCUUACAAAGGCACUUGCCUGAGGAUGCGCAUUUGCGUGUUAGCGGACGAUUACACGUCUCGAUGACCCGUGUACAUGAUGGUGAAAAUGUGAUCAUUUCAGAAUUCGAGUCCCGAGAUGAACUCUUACAGGCACUACUGUGUGCGUGUUUUAUACCAGGCUUCUCAGGAAUACUACCACCACGAUUUCGAGGUGUACGUUAUAUGGAUGGUGCUUUUUCCAACAAUUUGCCAAUUUUGGAUGAGAACACAAUUACAGUCAGUCCUUUCUGCGGUGAGAGUGAUAUUUGUCCACGUGAUAUAAGCUCUCAACUCUUCCAUUUGAAUUGGGCAAACACAAGCAUAGAAAUAUCGCGUCAGAAUGUCAAUCGCUUUGUUCGUAUUCUAUUCCCACCACGUCCAGAAUUUCUAUCGAAAUUCUGCCAGCAGGGAUUCGAUGACGCGAUGCAGUUCCUUCAACGUAACAACCUGAUAAACUGCCGUCGUUGUGUAGCUGUUCAGUCGACAUUUGUAGUGUCAGAAACUGUGGCUCAACCCCAGGACUUUGAUCCAGAAUGUAGGGAGUGCAAAAAGCAUAGAAAUGACGCUUUAAGCUCAAAUAUGCCACAGACUGUUUUGGAUGUCAUUCAGGAUUACAUUGAGCAAGCUAACAAGGGCUUGGCUAAUUGGUUAUUCAAACAUCGUGGAGUAAAAUUGCUUUCGUUACCAGCAACAGUACCCUUAGAUUUCUUCAUGGCAACAGUAUCAAAGAUUGUUGAACUAACACCCAUAUUGGCCAAACACAUUCGCGAGAAGGUUUUAACUGCUCUCAAACAGAUAAUUGAAUUGUUGCAGUCGGAGAUAUUAAGCAAAGUGACGGUCUGUGAUUCGCCACACUUUGACACCACCGGUUUAUUACACUCCAGCCGUCUCUAUGGACCAAGAGUAUCAAUAUUAGUUGACGAGUGCGGCGCACCAUCGGUAGACGGAGACGUAGACCAUUACGAACAUGUUUUAAAAGUAACUACUCACAACGAUGCGCUUUACGCUUAUUAUUAUACCGACGAUCUAACAAAUAAAGUAAAAGUGACAGAAAUAUUCGAAAUGGACGAAGACGAGAAACUAGCCACUGAUCCGAAAUUAUACGAAGGUGUUAUCGAAGAUCAUCCAAAUCCUCGUCAACAUCAUCAUGACGUUGUUAGCGAAUGGAAUGGCAUAGAGUCUGCCUUCUACAUAGAUGAAUAUGCGACAAACCAAAUUCCUUCCGAACGACAAGAUACGACGCCAACAGCAACGACUAAUAAUUAUGUAGUGAAUAAGAUUGAAGAUCAAAUUGUGAAAGGCGAUAAUAUUAACGAGGAAAACGAGACAGGAGUAUUCAGCGAUCCCGAAGUGGAUCAGUACUUUAAUACGCAAAGGCCAAGAAAUAGUGGUCAAACGAUAUGAAUGCUUGAAAUGACAUUCAAUUAAUCAUCAACUAAUCGUGUAUCUCUAUGCAUUUAUCUAUAUAUGUAAAUAUAUAUAAUAUAUAUAUAUGUAUAUACGUAUAUUCCGGACUUGCCAUUAAUUAGUUAAAUACAUAUAUAUAUAUAAAUCAUCAACUAGUAGUAUAACACUUCAAACCUUGAAAAGUUCGAACAUUGUUAGAACCCUUUCGCAAAACUAUCAGUAAAAUUUGUAUUAUUUAACCAAUUGGUUAAACAAUACAAUUUUUACUGAUUCAAUUAUGUUAUAAUCUAAACUGUUGUAAUCCUAACAAGAGUAAGUUAUUAUUAUUGUAGCGAAACAAUCAUUUUAAUUUGAUCGUAUGCAUACACUAAAUUGGAAUCUGCGAGUUCGGCAGCUUACACAACGCUUUGAAGUCACGCCCAACCACUUGUAGAUGAAAAUUGCUAUAAAUGCGCAACUACAGGGACCUGAUGAUUUAUAAUUAGUUUCAAAUAUUUACGCUUUUUUCAUCGCAACGGUUGGGUGUGUGCAUUCAUGGAAAAUAUUUAUGCAACAAAAAAGUAUUUAAAACUUAUAUGUCAAGUUACUUGUGUUCUCAUCACAAAGCUGACUACACACAAAAUUUCUCUUAAUUUUCCGUGUACGUCAAAAUUCUACAUUCUAAGAUUUUUGGUUUUUAUGUAUUUUCGAAAUGCAAUAAUCUUUUAAGUAACAUACAUAUAUACAUAUAUAAAUAAUAUAGUGUCGUUAUACAUAAAAAAUCGACAGAAUGUAUUUAUAAAGUUUUAAUUACAAGGCUAUUUUAUCCAUCUAUGCUAUUUUAGAUUUAAUAUUCUAUAUAUGCAAGCAUUAUGAGUAAUCCUAUGUAAUUUUUCCUUCAGUCAUAAAUAAAAAAUCAGGCAUUUUAAUCGAUAAAUG